AAGAAGAUAAAUGGAGACAGGCUUGCAGGUAGAUGGUUAACGGACGAACAGAGAGAUGUAGUCAUUGGGCAUGAUUCAUUCUUAGUGGAUACUUGACCAGCAUCCAGACAGCAUUGAGAGCCCGACUCUCCAUUUUCUCUGCCUCUUUACAGGUGCAAGAGGGGAACCGGACAAACGUAUCGUAUAUUUCCUUUUUUGUCUUUUUUUUUUUUACAGAAAUCCAGGGAAAUAGAUUACUGGCACAUCAGAUGACAGGCAUAUAGACAGAGUCGGCUGGACAGACAAAUACAAAGAUGGUACAAUGAGUGUUUCAGAUGGAGAGAUGGAAUAUGUGUGGUCAGCCCAUUCUCCCCCGUCCUGCUCAAUAGCCUCCAUAACAUCCAGCAACUGGCUCCCGCUUCAAAUACAGUUAUGCGGAUUGCGCGCUUUGGCAUUAUUCCAGAUUUGGGUCGGAAAGAAACUAACUUUCUAAAGGUUAAGGAAUGGGGGACUGGUCCAUUCUUGGCCGUUUCCUCACGGAGGUGCAGAACCACUCCACGGUGAUCGGCAAGAUCUGGCUGACCAUGCUGCUGAUCUUCCGCAUCCUCCUGGUGACGCUGGUGGGCGACGCGGUCUACAGCGACGAGCAGUCCAAGUUCACCUGCAACACGCUGCAGCCCGGCUGCAACAACGUCUGCUACGACACCUUCGCGCCCGUCUCGCACCUGCGCUUCUGGGUCUUCCAGAUCGUGCUGGUCUCCACGCCGUCCAUCUUCUACAUCGUCUACGUGCUGCACAAGAUCGCCAAGGACGAGAAGCUGGAGAUGGAGAAGGUGCAGGUGCGGGCGCUGGCCAAGCGGGGACCCCCGCGGGCGCGGGCGGGGCUGUCGAACCGGGGCGGGGAGAGGGAGGAAACUCUGGAGGCGGCCACGCCCGCCUUCAGCCCCCGUUUUGAGGAGGAGUGGAGCCCCCAGGAGGGGGAAUGCGUGGAGCAGAGUCUCCUGGAGGAGGAGCUCGGGGAGGUGGGAAAGGACCCCACCCAGCUGUCCAGCCAGGUGCUGCUCAUCUACAUCGUCCACGUGGUGCUGCGCUCCAUCAUGGAGAUCGCCUUCCUGGUGGGGCAGUACUACCUGUUCGGCUUCGAGGUCCCCCACCUCUUCCGCUGCGAGACCUACCCCUGCCCCAACCGGACCGACUGCUUCGUGUCCCGGGCCACCGAGAAGACCAUCUUCCUCAACUUCAUGUUCAGCAUCAGCCUGGGCUGCUUCAUCCUCAACAUUGUCGAGCUGCACUACCUGGGCUGGGUCUACAUCUUCCGCGUACUCUGCUCCGCCUGCUCCACCUGCUGCGAGCAGGACCGGGAACCGGCCGGGCGCGCGGGGCUCUACCACGUCCACAACCCCCUCCUGCUGCAGCUCAAGCACUCGCUGCGGGGCCGGGUGGUCCUGCAGACCCCCCCGCCCCUGUCCCAGGAGAAGGCCGGCGGCCCGCCCGCGCACGCGCCCGCCAUCUCCUUCGAGACGGACUCCACCGUGGAGUGCACGUCCAAGAGGAGCCCCGACGACAAGGAGCGCGCCAAGGCCAAGCUGGCGAGCGCGGCCAAACUGGGGCGCGGCAAGAAAUCCUGGCUGUGAAAUUGUCCGAUCGUCUCUCUUUUACGCUUCCGUUUUUCACCUUCUUUCUUCUCUACGACACAUUGCCUUCGCUGUAAUGGCUGAAUGAAUGAAUUCAUUCAUAAAUGAAUUGCCAUGAUGUACUUUUGAGCAUUGGCGUUUCCGAUGAGAGAUAACAACAAAAGAAAACAUUCUUUUGAGUCUUUUGCAGUGAAUUUCUAUGCAUUCUGUUUACAAAAAAAAAACACACUUUAAAAAUGUAGACUGGCAGAAUUAGAGAAAUAGACACAUACAUAUAUUUCUUGUUUAAAGGCGUUUAUUGAACAUGGACUUUAUAUUUUACAGUACAUUUGUAUUUUAAACCAUCCAUGACCAAAGUCAACGCAUUUAUAACCUAAUCUUGAAUUCAUCCCAGGAGCAUACUUUGAUAUACAGAAAAAUAUUCUAGUGUACACAAUUUUCAAACUGUUCCCUAUACGCCCUCUUACAUUGCAGUUCUUCCAGACUGAUUGUUGUGUUGAUUCUCUUAACUCCAAUGUGCAGUAUUUAUGGUUUUUUCUUCCUUGCUAUGAGAAACCCUCAGUCCCUUUGGAGUCAACUGAGUGUGAGAAAGCGUACUUUACUAGUAACAUUCACAAAGUUUCACAAGACACACAGACACACAGACAUACACACACACAAGCACACGCACGAACACACACACACACACUCAGCAUUCUGAACGAUACAUACAAUGUAUGCUAAUAUAUAUUGAAACAUGUUUUGUAUUUUAAAAAAAUGAAUGAAUGGUGUUGAUAAAAAGGUAAGUAUGUCGAAGAAGGAUGCUUAAAUGAAUGAUGUCCUGUAUGUUCACCUAGGAGAUCCUUCAAAUUCCAGCCCUUGAUUUAUUGAUCGUUCCAGUUUGAUAUUUUCAGUUGUAUGAUGGCUGUUUCUUAGACAUUUCAUACAUUUACCUGUCUGGGUAAAUAAUCUUUUUACUUUUGUUUGUUGUUGAGAUGCAUCAGGACCAUGACUUGUAUUGUUCCAUUGGACAAAUUGUGCUUAUGUUAAAUCAAUGUAGCGUAAAUCACACCACUGUGAAAAAACUAAGGUGGUACAAUGAGACCACUGGACUAAAGGUUGAACUGUGUGUGGUUAAUGAAUUGGACUGGUCGUGCACUUUCUGGAUGAAUUCAAUCUAAUGGGUGUAAUUGAAACAUUGCACAGUGUGCGAGAGGUUGAAUGAAACAUUAAACAAAAGGAAAAACCAUACAUUAGACAACAGUGUUUAACAGACAAAGGUGUACAGUAUUAUUAUCAAGCGACAAACCAAUCCUUGAGGAAAUUUGGCUGGUAUAAAUUUGCCAACCGACUGUGAUAUGGAGGACUAAAUUGAUAUGAAUAAAUAAAUACAGUUGCAAGAAGAAGUUUGUGAACCCUUUGGAAUUACUUGAAUUUCUGCAUUAAUUACUCAUUAAAUGUGGUCUGAUCUUCAUCUAAGUCCCAAUAAUAGACAAACAAAAUCUGCUUAAACU